AUGCUAGACAAAUAUCGAGCGACCGCCGCAACACUGGGACUUCCCGAGUCUCGCAUGAUGGCCGUCCAGGGCAACAUUCUGGCUCCGAUGGUCCAAACUACUAGCCCACCCCUGGACGAUGAGGAGCUGGACUGCUUCGAUCUGGUUGAGAUUUGCAUGGCCUUGCAUCAUCUUGAUGAUAUACAGCUAGCUACGCAGCGCUUGGCGUCGAGACUACAUCCCGGUGGCGUUUUUCUGAUCAUUGACUGGGCUACUCGCGGCUCGCUGGACAUCAAUGAGCAUGCUUCGCCGGACGCAGUGCAUCCGGAACACCAUGCUGCACAUACUAUCUCCCAUGAUAGUUUUACUGGGGAGCAAAUUGUCAGCUUAUAUGAACAAGCUGGUUGUGGUGAUGUGAGAUGUCCCCGAUGCUCGCAGUGGGAAGAUGCAAUUGUUCUGGGCUCGAGCUACCAAGCUAUGAUUCAAGGUGGUGAUAUAGAUACCGCAUUCAAUGAAUCUCAAUAUGCCUUGCUCUUAUGA